AUGGGGGACCCACUGCCCAGCCCUGACUCCCCUUCUCAGCCGACCUCCAGCCGUAGGAAUUCCCAGCUCUCUGAGCGGCGGCGCAGUCAGGAACAGCCUCGACCCCAGCCCACGGUUCCCUACGAGGUGCAGCAAACGCCCCUUGACGCCCAGAUCCCGCGCAGCAGUCAGGAGGUCGUGUCGAGCCAGACCAACCUCCGGGGCUGGUCCCAAAGGGCCAGCCUGACCCAAAAUGAGAACUUGAUGUUCCAGGCUGAAGAAGCCCAGCUGAGUGGCAUAGGGUACUCUUCCCUGAAUACGGGCUUUUCCUCAGAGAUACAGCCCCAACCUUACCUGAGCGAAGGCAGGUUCCAGGUCACCCACGAUGCCAGCCUCAUGCUGCAGCAGCUACAGCAAGGUGAAGGCAACCUAUUCCAGCAGCUGGAGGCUGCCUACCAGGAGCCCGGGGCCAACCUCUUGGGCCAGUUCACCAUGUACCAGAGAGACCUGCAGUUCGGCCAGAGCGCUGAGCAUGGGCCCUACUUGAGGGAUGAUCCUGCCCUCCAGUUCUCGCCCUCCGAGCUAGGCUUCAUGCCUUUCAGCAUGGAGAUGCCGGAGCCAGAACCUCGGGAGCUGGCUGUGCAGAACGCCAAGGCCUACCUCCUGCAGACCAGCGUCAACUGCGACCUCAGCCUGUAUGAGCACCUGGUGAACCUGCUGACCAAGAUCCUGAACCAGCGGCCAGAGAACCCCUUGUUCCUCCUGGAGUCACUAAACCGCACCACGCAAUGGGAGUGGUUCCACCCCAAGUUGGACACACUUCGGGACGACCCAGAGAUGCAGCCCAUCUAUGAGAUGGCUGAGAGGCAGAAGGCGCUGUUUGGCGGGAGCGGCGGCGGCGAGGGCGAACAGGAGAUGGAGGAGGAGGUGGCUGAGACAGCGGUGCCCAACAUCAUGGAGAAGGCUUUCUACUUCGAACAGGCCGGUGUGGGCCUGGGCUCAGACGAGAGUUUCCGCAUCUUCAUGGCCCUGAAGCAGCUAGUGGAGCAGCAGCCCAUCCUUACCUGCCGCUUCUGGGGCAAGAUCCUGGGGCUCAGUCGCAGCUACCUGGUGGCUGAGGUGGAAUUCCGGGAGGGGGAGGAGGAGGGGGAGGAGGAGGAAGUGGAGGAGAUGAUGGAGGGCGGCGACAUCAUGGAGACGCACAGCGAGGAGGAGGGCGAGGAGGAGGAGAAGAUCCCCGACGUCAUCCCCAAGCCCACGUGGAAGCCGCCACCUGCCAUCCCCAAGGAAGAGAGCCGCUCCGGCGCCAACAAGUACCUGUAUUUCGUGUGCAAUGAGCCGGGCCGGCCGUGGGCGCGAUUGCCCCACGUCACGCCUAUCCAGAUCGUGCAGGCCCGCAAGAUCAAGAAGUUCUUCACGGGCUACCUGGAUGCCCCGGUCAUCAGCUACCCACCCUUCCCAGGCAAUGAGGCCAACUACCUGCGCGCCCAGAUCGCCCGCAUCUCGGCCGCCACACAAAUCAGCCCCCUCGGCUUCUACCAGUUUGGCGAGGAGGAGGGCGACGAGGAAGAGGAAGGUGGUGCUGGGCGAGACUCCUAUGAGGAGAACCCGGACUUUGAUGGAAUCCCGGUUCUCGAGCUGGUGGACUCCAUGGUCAACUGGGUGCACCACACGCAGCACAUCCUGCCACAGGGCCGCUGCACUUGGGUGAACCCAUUGCAGAAGACAGAGGAGGAGGAGGAGCUGGGGGAGGAGGAAGAGAAGGCAGAUGAGGGAAUGGAGGAGGUGGAGCAGGAGGUCGGGCCCCCGCUGCUGACGCCACUCUCAGAAGAUGCAGAAAUCAUGCACAUGUCACCCUGGACCGCCCGCCUGUCCUGCAGCCUCAGCCCACAGUACUCCGUGGCCGUCGUGCGCUCCAACCUCUGGCCAGGGGCCUGUGCCUACGCCAGUGGCAAGAAGUUUGAGAACAUCUACAUCGGCUGGGGCCACAAGUACAGUCCUGAGAACUUCAACCCACCCCUGCCAGCCCCUAUUCAGCAAGAGUACCCCAGCGGCCCAGAGAUCAUGGAGAUGAGUGACCCUACAGUGGAGGAGGAGCAGGCCCUCAAGGCUGCCCAGGAGCAGGUGUUGGCAGCCUCGGAGGAAGAGGAGGAGGAUGAGGAUGAAGAUGAGGACGAGGACCAGGAUGACUGAAGCUCCAUAGCCCCCUUCCUCAAGCAGGUAGAUAGCAGGUUUUCCCUUAAACAUAGUUUUGUUUUUUCACUGUUGGUUUGUUUUCUGCCCCUAGAGGACAGGGGUAGAAGAGGAAGACAGCUGCUCUGAAUAAAAUU